UUCGUAACUCUUCAAGUAAGAUAACUAAAAAGAAAGGAGCUCUGCGAUUGCAGCAUGCAACGUGAUCAUUUGGGAAGUUUGAAUAAUGCACUUGUCAUGUCUCAAGAGGAACAAAAGAUCCGAGAAGAACUCGAGAUAGAGAUAGAAAGGGUCUUAGAAGAAGAGAUCAAAGAAGGCAUUAGCCAGCUCACCUUUCAACUGCACAAAUUAUAUCAACACAAGAAGAGAAGAACCAAUUCAGAAUCAAAAGAUGCAACAGUCACCAAGGUGAAUAUAACAGUCAUAAAAGAGGGGAAAUGCAAGAUUGAAGCAUAUCAGAGCAAAUUUGGAGGUUUCAAUGCGAUAAAACUUCAUAGCCCAAAGCCUGAACCAAAGAACAAAAAGGCUAAGAGGUGCAGGGUCUUAAAUCCAGUACUGAGGAAUAAAAUGAAUACUAAAGAGAAGAGGAAUAAUGACUCGAGAAUGCAUAGGAGAGUCUUGGUAUGGAAAUACUAAAGAGAAAUUUUCCCACAUAAUAUUAAAGAGAAACCACUUCCGUGUAAGUUUGAACCAAAUGAAUUGCAUAAUUCUAAACCUGUGCAGUUAUAUC